UCUGGCUUCUGUCUGUAAAGUUGAGGAACAGCAGAUACCAGUGAAGAUUGAAGUGAAGCUGGAGGAGAUAAAAUACGAAAACACAGCAGAGGAACAACAAAGAGAAGGAGAAGAUGAUGAUGAUCAAACCUCCUCAGAGUGUCAGACAACUCUCUGUAAUGCUGGAAAACAGCAGAUGCUGCAGAUACCAGUGAAGAUGAAGAUGUGUUCAGUGAAGCUGCUGGACUGCAGGAACCUGAUGAAGAUGAGAGGAGAAUCCACAGCAGUGAAACAACAGAGCGAUGAUGAUUUUAUUCCUUUUGACCUGAUGAAGGUGAGCGAGGAUAUUCAAGAGCUGAAUGAAGUGGAUGAGAAAUUUCAGAAAGUUCAUAUUUUCAAAACUGGAGAAAAUUAUUUGAGUUGUUCAAAGACUACAAAGAAUUGCCCAUCAAAAAAGUCUCAAAGAACUGCCAAAAAUACUUUCACCUGCUCACACUGUGGAAAGAGUUUCACUCGAUCACAUGACCUGAAAAUACACGAGAUAAUUCACACUGGAGAAAAACCUUACAAGUGUUCACACUGUGAAAAGAGUUUCACUCAGUCACAUGACCUGAAAAUUCACGAGAUAAUUCACACUGGAGAAAAACCUUACAAGUGUUCACACUGUGGAAAGAGUUUCACUCAGUCACACAACCUGAAAAUACACGAGAGAAUUCACACUGGAGAAAAACCUUACAAAUGUUCACACUGUGGAAAGAGUUUCACUCAGUCACACAACCUGAAAAUACACGAGAGAAUUCACACUGGAGAAAAACCUUACAAGUGUUCACACUGUGGAAAGAGUUUCACUCAGUCACACAACCUGAAAAUACACGAGAGAAUUCACACUGGAGAAAAACCUUACAAGUGUUCACACUGUGAAAAGAGUUUCACUCAGUCACAUGACCUGAAAAUUCACGAGAUAAUUCACACUGGAGAAAAUCCUUACAAGUGCUCACACUGUGGAAAGAGUUUCACUAGAUCACAACACCUGAAAAUACACGAGAGAAUUCACACUGGAGAAAAUCCUUACAAGUGCUCACACUGUGGAAAGAGUUUCACUCGAUCACAUGACCUGAAAUUUCACAAGAUAAUUCACACUGGAGAAAAUCCUUACAAGUGCUCACACUGUGGAAAGAGUUUCACUCGAUCACAACACCUGAAAAUACACGAGAGAAUUCACACUGGAGAAAAUCCUUACAAGUGCUCACACUGUGGAAAGAGUUUCACUCGAUCACAUGACCUGAAAUUUCACAAGAUAAUUCACACUGGAGAAAAACCUUACAAGUGCUCACACUGUGGAAAGAGUUUCAAUCGAUCACAUGUCCUGAAAAUACACAAGAGACUUCACACUGGAGAAAGACCUUACAAGUGCUCACACUGUGAAAAGAGUUUCACUCAGUCACAUGACCUGAAAAUUCAUGAGAGAAUUCACACUGGAGAAAAUCCUUACAAGUGUUCACACUGUGGAAAGAGUUUGACUCGAUUACACGACCUGAAAAGACAUGAGAGACUUCACACUGGAGAGAAACCUUACAUGUGCGCACACUGUGGAAAGAGUUUCACUCAAUCACAUCACCUGAAAAUACACGAGAGAAUUCACACUGGAGAAAAACCUUACAAGUGCUCACACUGUGGAAAGAGUUUCACUCGAUCACAUGACCUGAAAUUUCACGAGAUAAUUCACACUGGAGAAAAUCCUUACAAGUGCUCACACUGUGGAAAGAGUUUCACUCAAUCACAACACCUGAAAAUACACGAGAGAAUUCACAAUGGAGAGAAACCUUACAAGUGCUCACACUGGAAAAACAUUGAUGUACUUGGCAGACGCUUUUAUCCAAAGUGACUUACAGUGCACACAGUGGCGGUGGCUGUGGUAAUCAAGCCAUCAACCUUCUGCUUACUAUUUCUGUGCUUUAGCCCACUAAGUGACCACCGCGCCACAAACCCUGAAAAUACAUGAACCC